AUGGCUCUGCCGAGUUCACCAUUCGCUACCUCGUCGUCCGUAGCAGGAAGCGGCGAAAUCCUUCUAGCCCUCCUCCCGCCAGAGAGGCAAGUUCUCUCGAGAUGUGCAUACCAAUACCCUCUCAAACUCGUCGCUCCUGAUCCUCACCAUUCGAGCGAAGGAAAGCACGUGACGGUCGUCUUCCUGCUCACCUAUGGAGGCGGGUUGGUUGGUGGUGACCAGAUUGCCCUCAAAGUCGACCUGCAAGAUGCCACGAGGCUUGUCCUCGUCACGCAAGGAAGUACCAAGAUCUUCAAGUCUCCUCAGAGGUCCGUCGUCAGCCGACAAACCCUCGACGUCAGGAUCGGAUCUCAUGCUUCCUUGUGCUAUUUGCCAGAUCCGACUCAGCCGUUCGCGGAGAGCGUCUACGAGCAGAAGCAGACAUUUUAUGUGCAGCCUGACGCCACCAGCAGUUUGUUGAUGCUGGACUGGGUCAGUGAAGGCCGUCGCGCAAGGGGCGAGAGCUGGACACUAUGGAGCUGGAAAGGCAGGAAUGAGGUCAGGGAAUUCGAUGAGCAGUCAAAAGGAAGACUCCUGCUUCGCGAUGCCGUUAUGCUCUAUGAGGAUGGGCUUGGAGGCACGGGAUUGUUGGACAAGUCGAACAACAUGGGUAUAUUUGGAACGUUGAUCAUUUACGGCCAUGUCUUCAACAAACUCGGGGAGUUCUUCAUACAGAAAUUCACAAGCCAGCCUCGCAUCGGAGCCAAAAACUGGACGCCAAACGAAAGCACAGAACAGGCGACAGGGGCUGACAAGGCUGAACAACAGGAAAAACAAGACGGUAUCCUAUGGACUGCGGCAAAGACGAGGGGCUUCGUCCUAGUCAAAUUCGGUGCUAAGGAGGUCGAUGGCGCAAAAAGAUGGCUUGGAAGACUUCUGAAAGAUGAAGGGACAGUCGAACGAGUGUUUGGACAUCAAGCGCUCAUGUGCCUCAAGUGA